CCAAGGCUGUUCCCCGAGGCCCGGUCGCUGUUACAGGAGAGAGGAGCCUGGUGCCCCGGCCUCGAGCUGUCGGGGAGCCCAGGGGCGAUCGGAGCCAUGUCCCUGCGCGGCCCGGGGCUGGGAUGCGGCCGCUGAGGCCGACCCCCAGGAGCGGCACCGGGAGCGCGGGGCCUCGGGACACCCGCAGGAUGAAGCUCAAGAAGCAGGUGACGGUGUGCGGCGGCGCCAUUUUCUGCGUGGCCGUCUUCUCGCUUUACCUGAUGCUGGACCGGGUGCAGCACGAUCCGGAGCGGAGGCAGAGCGGAGUCAGCUUCCCCCGGAGUCAAAUCUCGGUGCUGCAGAAUCGCAUUGAGCAGCUGGAGCAGCUUUUGGAAGAAAAUCACCAGAUAAUCAGCCACAUCAAGGACUCUGUGCUGGAGCUGACGGAGAAUGCAGGUGGCCUCCCAGGCCUGCUCGCUUACCAGGGAAAUGGUUCUUGGGCUUUACCCACGGACAAUCACCAGACAUUUCUCUCUGUGUCGCCUCAGGAUUGCCAGUUUGCCCUUGGGAAUAAAGGGCAAAAAACAGACCUACAGAUGCUGGAUGUUUAUUCACUCUUGAAGUUUGAUAACGUGGACGGUGGCGCUUGGAAGCAAGGUUUUGAGAUCACAUACGAUGAGCAUGAGUGGGACAGUGACCCGUUACAGGUGUAUGUGGUUCCCCACUCCCACAACGAUCCAGGCUGGAUAAAGACAUUUGACAAAUAUUACCAGGACCAGACACAGCAUAUUUUGAAUAACAUGCUGCUGAAACUGCAGGAGGACCCAAAGCGUCGCUUUAUCUGGGCAGAGAUCUCCUUCUUCUCCAAAUGGUGGGACAACAUUGACACUCAGAAAAGAGCUGCUAUCCGCAGGCUGGCAGCUAAUGGUCAGUUGGAGUUUGUGACAGGAGGCUGGGUAAUGACAGAUGAAGCCAGCUCGCACUAUUUUGCAAUGAUUGACCAGCUAAUCGAAGGACAUCAGUGGAUGGAGAAAAAUAUUGGAGUGAUUCCAAAAUCGGGCUGGGCAAUUGAUCCCUUUGGACACAGCUCAACCAUGUCCUAUUUGCUGAAACGAGCCAACCUAACCAGCAUGCUGAUCCAGCGAGUGCAUUACUCCAUCAAAAAACACUUUGCAGCUACUAAAAAUCUGGAAUUCAUGUGGAGACAGACCUGGGAUACUGACUCGAGCACAGAUAUCUUCUGUCACCUAAUGCCUUUCUACAGUUAUGAUGUCCCUCAUACUUGUGGGCCUGACCCUAAAAUCUGCUGCCAGUUUGACUUCAGGCGCCUCCCUGGGGGCCGCAUCAGCUGUCCAUGGAAAGUCCCGCCUAAACCAAUAACCAGUGUCAAUGUGGCAGAGAGGGCAAAUUUACUCUUGGAUCAAUACAGGAAAAAGUCCAAGCUGUAUAAGAGCAAAGUGGUUCUGAUUCCUGUAGGAGAUGAUUUUCGUUAUGACAAUGCUCUGGAAUGGGACCAGCAGUUCCAGAAUUAUGCAAAACUUUUUGACUACAUGAACUCUCACCCAGAGCUUCACGUGCAAGUGCAGUUUGGGACACUAUCUGAGUACUUUGAUGCUGUCUAUAAGAAGUACGGUGUCAGCCCUGGUAGCAAGCCUCCAUCCUACCCAGCCCUCAGUGGGGACUUCUUCACCUACGCUGACCGUGAGGAUCAUUAUUGGAGUGGAUAUUUUACCUCCAGGCCUUUCUAUAAGAAUCUAGACAGAGUGCUGGAAUCACAUCUCAGAGCAGCUGAGAUCCUCUACAGCCUGGCCCUGAAUCACGCCCGACGCUCCGGUGCAAUCAGUAAAUACCCGACUUCUGACUAUAGUUCGCUUACAGAAGCUCGCCGGAACAUAGGCUUGUUCCAGCACCACGAUGCCAUCACUGGCACCUCAAAAGAAGUGGUGGUCAUUGACUAUGGGAUCCGACUUUUUCACUCCCUUAUGAACUUGAAACGAGUGAUAAUUAAUGCAGCUCACUACUUAGUACUCCAGGACAAGAACAACUACAAAUAUGACCAGUCGUCACUUUUCUUGCAGAUGGAUGACAAACGGCAAAAUCAUGAUGCAUUACCAGAGAAAGUGGUGAUAAAGCUGGAGUCUCUUCCCAGAUACGUGGUUGUGUUUAACCCCAUUGAUCAAGAGCGUCCCUGUGUGAUUUCUGUUCUCGCUACCUCACCCCAGGUCAGGGUUACGUUAACUGAUGGAAGCAGUCAGCCCACGCAGAUCAGUGCUGUGUGGAAAUCACCAACAGAUAUGGUAACCGACAUAUACCAGAUCUCCUUUGUUGCUCGACUCUCUGCACUGGGACUUGCUGUGUUCCAGCUAACUGAAUCAUUUAACUACCGUGCGUCGGUGAAGUCCAACGUGGUCAUCUAUCUGCGCAAUAGAGAUGUAGCUGUGAGUAAGAAGGAGCCAUUUAGCGUAAAGAUCCUGGAAUCCUUGACUGAUGAUUUCUUCAUCGAGAAUCAGCACAUGCAAGUGUGGUUUAAUGGAGUGACAGGAUUAAUGGAGAGCAUCAAGCGGAAAGACGACCAGCAGAAGCAGAAGGUGCGGAUGGAGUUUGUGUGGUACGGGACACGACCGUUUAAGGAUAAGAGUGGGGCGUAUCUCUUCCUACCUGACGGUGACGCUAAAGCCUACAUUUCCAAACAGGCUGCGAUCACUCGUGUUACCAAAGGUCCAUUGUUCUCUGAAGUUGUUAGCUUCUAUCAACACUUCCACCAGAUAGUUCGCCUCUACAAUUUGCCAGGAGUUGAGGGGCUUUCGUUGGAUGUUUCCAUUGUUGUUGACAUUCACAACCAGAUUAACCGGGAGUUGGCGAUGAGGCUGUCCACUGAUAUUGAAAGCGGAGACACAUUCUUCACCGAUUUGAAUGGGUUUCAGAUUCAACCUAGAAAAUAUUUUCAGAAACUGCCACUUCAGGCUAACUUCUACCCAAUGUCGACCAUGUCCUACAUUCAGGAUGAUCAUUACCGCCUGACAUUACAUGCUGCACAAUCUCUGGGUGUGUCGAGCAUUCACAGUGGUCAAUUGGAGGUUAUUCUGGAUCGCCGUCUCAUGCAGGAUGAUAACCGGGGCUUGGGCCAAGGGUUGAAGGACAAUAAAGUGACCUGUAGCAGAAUCCGUAUCUUGCUGGAGAAGAGGGCAACAUCAAACAAACACAUUGGCUUUCUGUCAAAGCUGCACUCCAUGUUACAGACACUCGCAGCCUCCAUCUUUUCCAGGACGAGCACCCAUGAGGUGCAGGACAGUCGACCUGUGAGCUUUCCCUCCCUGCUCAGUCACAUGACCUCAAUGCACGUAAACCACGAGGUCCUGGCCAUGCCGGUUAGCCCACGGCCACACAAUGUUCCGCCCAUCAGAACCUGGCAUCCACUUUCAACUCCAAUACCCUGCGACUUCCACAUGCUGAACAUGAGAACGCUGCAGUCUGAGGUGGUCUCAGCCCCUGGGUUAGAGAUGGCGUUAAUUCUUCAUCGGAAAGGGUUUGACUGUGGGCUGGAGGCCAAGAGCCUGGGCUUCAACUGCACUACUACCCAGGGAAAGCUAUCAUUGGAGGGUCUGUUUCAGGGCCUGGAUGUCCGGAGUGUGCAACCGAUGUCUUUGUCCCUCCUGUAUCCCACUGAGCCUUUCAACAGCAGCCUCGUCUCCAUGAGACCGAUGGAGAUUUCCACAUUCCGCAUCCGUCUGGUUUGAAUAAAUUCCCGACAGCGGUUCCUGCCUUGGAGCCGGGGGUUGAGAUAGCAACCAGUUAACAACAGGAAGUGUUGGCUUUUCGAUCCAUAAACCCCAGGGGGUGGGGGGGGGAAGGUGGGACAGACAUGGUCAGCGCUGAGAAAGCUGGAACUGACGACAAAUCUACUCGAGUCUGAGUUUGUAAAUCAUGGACUUCAAAUUGCGAAUGCAGUGAAAGCACAGCAAUACCACCCCGAGCAACGCACUUUUAAAAGAAAAAUAAAGCUCUAGGUACAGUUUGUGCAUAUACCACUACAAUGUAUGUGAAUUUAUCACUUUUAUAAGUAGCCCUGAUUUCAUUGUCAAUUCAUAACCUUAAAAGCAAGGAAAUAGAGUCCUUGGGAUCCAAAGGGCAGGGCUUUGUACGUGACGCAAAAAUCAAGUGUGUAAGAACGGAGACAAGUGUGAAUGUUACACUAGUGUGCACAGGCAUUGAAGCAGUCUGUGCAUUCAAAAUCAUUCAGUGGCCUAGCCUGCAAACCAGGCUGAGCAGGCAAAGAAAACCAGUAUUCUGACCUGACUGAUGUGUAGUUAGUGUGUUCGUAAAUGUUGCAGCAAGGCUGGCAAUGAAUUUCUCAAUGAAGAACCUUAACACUUGAAAGUGGGAUGGGUAGCCUUGUCAAAGUGUUUUUUCUGUUGCAGAUGGAUGUAACAGCGAGUGAACCUAAACUCUGCAUUAGCCAGGGACUGUUGCUUUCUGGUACAUUUUUGUGUAAAUUUCUUGGAGCCAAUGCCGUGGUCAGUUGACCUUUAGCUUUGAAGUUCUUUCAGGAUUUUCCUCCCUAACCAUGACUGAACCCACAGCUGUACCAGAACAUUUAAACACCCUGGCUUCAUUCAUACACAUCUCUUAGGGUAUUUGUGCAAUAAUCUGUAGUUUUGCUGCGUGUUCCAAACUUAGUGAUGGGAAGAGUCACUUUGAAGUGGGGAUGUCACAAUAUUUACAUCGCAAUGUUAAGAUCUACAGAGACCUGAUUGGAGAUAAAAGCUGUAAAUGCACAGCAGAUCUGACUGAGGGAAUACAGGUCAGUGUUCGGGGAAGUUUAUGUCACCGCUAUCAAAGUUCUCCAUCUGAAACAUUCCUUCCUGGUGCUGAAGGGGCCAUUGCGCAUUUCCAACAUUUCUUGGUCCAGUUUUGACCAUUCAGAGCUGCUGUUUCAAUGCAGCGUGAUCAGAUUCAUCCAACACGUCCAGUCCAGUAACUUUGAAAUUGACAGAAACAGUUACCUUGUGGCAUUCCUGAAGGUUUACCUUUUUUAUUUAGGUAAAAGAAGGAAGUUAACUGCAUUGGCGAUAAUCACUUAGUUAUCUUUAAAAAGAAUGUUAAUAGCAACAGUGGAACUUUUGGAUAACUGGCUAUUUGGGAAUUCCUGGCACAAAAUAAGGAAAAUCCCGCGUGAAAGUUUUGGAAAAAUCAUGGAAUAAUUAGGCCUGAAAUUGAAAUUGCUACAGUUAAGUUAAACAGUUUAUUAAACUGUUAAAUUUUUCAUGUUCUGAGUAAAAUAUCAGUGUCAAAAUGAACCUAUGUGUAUUGGCAUUAAUUUAAUCUAAUAACGUGAAACAAGAGCCUUUUCGGUGUACUGAUCACAACCAUUCUUUCAGUUGGGAUUUCAGUUAAGUUUAACAGUGGGUAUGCGUGAUUUUCGUGUGCCUACUUGAACUGUGGGAAAAGUACCAGCGAGACAGCCACAGACGCUGUCCUUCCAAACUGGGCCAUGUUUGGGGGAAACAUUUUGAGCCUUACAGCACUGCGGGGAGGAACAGGGCUACAGGGCUGUCACAGGUGAUCAUUGCAGCUUGUAGCUAUGAAUUAAGAGUAACAUACAAAGUCUUAUUGACUUAUAUGUUACCAUCAUGUCAAGCACUAGAUGUAUAAGCAAUUGCAGACUGUUUGCUAUUGUCAGUUGUUCCUAUUGUGACAUCCUUAGUUUUUGGGGUAUUAUUUUAUAGAAAUCUAAUACUGUAUUUAACUAGAUUCAAUGGUACAUGUUCCCUCCAUAAACUGCCUCCUAUCCAUCAGGUUCAACUGUGCUCUAUCUGUAAAAGUUCACUGAUCCUGACAGAAUCAGACCUGGUGUGUCUCCGCGGCUUACAGUGUUACCUGAAUUUGGAGAAUAAUCAAUUGUCAGAUAUCAGAACAUCAGUUCUGGAGUGGGGUGGGGGGGGGUGGUGGUGGGGGGAAAGGGAAGAAAAACACAGCUACUGUAAAUUCUAAACUUGAACGAGUCAUCAAAUAAAACAUUACAGAAACUAA